CGAAAGAUGUCCAUUACCAGCAAGUUGUCAGGUUUUGAUAGCUCAUCAUCCAGUGCAGAUGCAAGAGUCCAAAAGUAUAAAGAAGUCAUUGAAAAGAUCUUUGUAGACAAAGAUACUGAUAAUGCUUUAAAAAUAGUUGAGCAUGUCGUUCAAGAUUCCUUCCCUCAAGUCGUUGCUAGAGACAUUAUGAACAUUUUUGCGAAAGCUUUUGAUCAUCUUCAGAACGACCAAGUUCUUGAACUUGGAGAAGCAACUCUUGAGCUUAUCUCUGACAAGAACAUGCUUGAAGAGGAAGAGUGCAUUAUCAGAAGAGAAGUAGCCUCAGUCCAUCAAGCAAGGAAAGAUUUCUCAGAUGCUGCCAAAUGACUUAUGAAAAUUAAGUUAGAGAAUACCGUCAGAAAUAUUGACCCAAAAGAAAAAUCAGAGAUUCUUGUUAGUAUUGCUGAGAACUGGUUCUCAGAAGAUGAUGCAGUCAAUGCAGAGAUUUAUCUCAACAAAGCAACUCAUGUGAUUCUUGAUGUAGAGGAUGAAGAAAUCAAUACUAGAUAUAGAUACUGUAAAGCUAAAGUAUUUGAUUCUAAGAGAAAAUUCGUCUUUGCUGCCCAAGCUUACUAUGAGCUCUCUAGUUUUGAAGGAAGCGCUAUUGAAGAAGAUAAUAAAUUCCUUUUGCUUAAAAAUGCAAUUACUUGUGCAGUUCUUGCUCCAGUAGGACCUCAAAAGAGUAGAAUUCUCACAACUCUUACUAAGGACGAGAGAUCAAAGAAUUGUCCAAAUUAUGAAAUGCUAGAGAGAAUGUUCAAUGACAAAGUCAUUAACAAGAAAUUAUCUCAGGAAUUUGAGAGUACAUUAGAAGAACAUCAGAAAGCAACUGGAUCUGAUGGACAUUCUAUCCUUGAAACAUCUGUUCUUGAGCAUAAUAUCUCAGUUGUUUCAAACAUCUACACAACUAUUAGCUUUGAAGGACUGGGUACUUUCUUAGGUAUCUCAAAAUCUAAUGCUGAAAAGCUUAUUUCAAACAUGGUCAUUCAGGGGCGUAUCUCAGCCAUCCUUGACCAAAGAAGUGAGAUUAUUGAAUUUGAAAAAAACGAAAGAGAGAAACUAAGCAUCUGGAAUGAGCAAAUAGGUGUCCUCUGUAACGAUGUUAACACAGUGUUGUCAAAGAUCCUGAAGGAGUUCCCAGAGGCCGAAAAUUAUAUUGCUCAAUAAAAAGUUUACAUUUA